CAUGGGUCUUUUUGUCCAAACGAUAAAUUCGACGCUCUUAUAUACACAACCCCCUUUACUUGAUUAACCAAAUACCAUUAACUACUAAUCACUCAGCAACAAGUAAACAAUCACUAACACCGUGAGUAACAACCUUGAAAUGGCUGGCUUCUCCUCCACCGUAACGAACUUAAUCUCCACCGUCCAUCACGACAUCAUAGAGGCUAACAUCCUGACACGUCUCGACGGACCAACCCUAGCCUCCGUCUCCUGCGCCUCCUCACACCUCCACGAGCUCGCUUCGAACGAGCUCCUCUGGUCCAAACUCCGCCGCUCCACGUGGCCUUCCACCGCCACCUUCUCCUCCUCCGACGAAGAUUCCCGCCAUUUUUUCUCCGACGCCUACUCCGUCCUCGACACCGCCGCUCCAGUUUCCGAUCCCGACCGUCCGUUCCCGGAGCUGAUCUCCGCCGUGGACGUACGCUACAGAGGGAAACUGAUUCUGAGCAGAGUCGUGAAGACGGAGACGACGACGGCGUGGUUCCGCAGCUCGCCUCUGAGGAUCGAUCUCGUGGAUCCGAAGGAUCCGGUGCCGACGCCGAUCGAGCGAGGGCGGUGGACGGAGGACACGUGUCGUGAUCUAGAGCAGGGACUGAGUCUGAGCUGGAUUGCGAUCGAUCCCACCGGAAAACGAGCGGCGGAUCUGUCGAGCCACCGGCCGGUGUCUGCGCAGAGGAACUGGCUGAGCGGUGGAGCGGAGGCGAAAUUCGCGACGGUGGUGGGGUCGGUGGAGUGUGUGAUCACGGUGGUCACGUGCGGGGAGGAGGAGGUGCACGUGAAGGAGGUGAGUCUCAGGGUGGAGAAGAUGGAGGGAACGCAUUUGAACGGGAAGGACAGUUUGGUCAUUUUGAGGAGUGUGAUGGAGGGUAAAAGAGGAAAUGGAAGAAGGAGGGAAAUGGAGUCAAAAAGGAGACACGAAGAGUUUAUGGAGAAGAGGAGAGAGAUGAAAGAGAAGAGGAUGAAGGUGGAAUUGGUAUUUGAUGUUUUAACGGUAGCUGUCGGAAUUUUAGGUUUUGUAUCGCUUGCUGGGUUUUAUAUUUGGUCUCGGUGACUUUGAUAUUAUCAAUCAAGAUUCAAUAACAUUGAUGAAUUCUCAGAACUGAACCGGGGAUUUUUGAUCCAAACCGAAGCAAAAAGGUUUUCUUUUUUUUUAUAUCAAACUAGGGUCAGUCCGCCCUACGGACGGAUUAUUAUAUUUUAUUUUUGUGAUCUAAAUUAUUAUUUUUGUAUGAUUAAUUGUUAUAGUAAUUUUUUGUUGUAAUCAAAUGAUUUUAGUGAAAGUAUUCUUUUUCUUAAA